AUGACGCUCCUCGCCCAGUUGUACGGCUUUCGGUGGGUUGUCGUCGGGGUCUUGCUUACUGUCUACGUGGGCAAGAAGAUCAAGACGUAUAAUCGCCUCAAGGCUUUCCGAGGGCCCUUCAGUACCGGCUGGUUCGAGAUGUGGCAUUCCUUUGCCAUCUUGAGCUUCAAGUCGCAUUUGAAAUAUGACGAGGUUUGCAGGAAGUACGGACCAAUUGCCCGGGUUGGACCCAAUGAUCUGGUCACUUCUUCACCGGAGCUUCUUUUGCACAUGAGUGCUAUCCGCUCGUCUUAUACCAAGACCGAGUGGUUCUACCGCGCUUGUCGACACCGGCCUGACAAGGACCAUGUUUUCAGCGAGAUGGACGAGGAGAAGCAUAAGCAGUUGAGAUCUCGGAUGGCAGCUGGUUACUCCGGAAAAGAAAACCUGGCACUAGAGGCCUCAAUCGACACCCAUGUGGCUGAGCUGCUCCAUCUCAUCCGUUCAAAAUACCUCUCAACAGAAGCGUCGGCGAAACCAAUGGACCUCUCCCAGAAAGUCCAGUUUCUCACGCUUGAUGUCAUAAGCGACGUCGCCUUCGGGGCUCCCUUCGGCGACGUGCUCGCCGACGCGGACACCAACGACGUUGCUAAAGCCGCCGAAGACGGCCUCAUGGCAUUCACCUUCGUCAUCGCCUUCGGGCUAUACAAGCUCGUCCAACACCCCCUCGUCUCUCCCUACCUGGGUCCCAAAGAGACGGACCCCUCGGGUUACGGGAGGAUGAUCGCCAACGGCCGCGCCAUCAUCAAAGAGCGUCUCGCGCGCAACGCCGAGAAGCAGUCGGACAUGAUCGCCUCCUUCAUCAAGCACGGCCUGACCGAGGAGGAGAUGCUGACCGAGACGACGCUGCAGAUGAUCGCGGGGUCCGACACCACGGCGGCCUCGCUGCGAGUCGUGAUGCUGUACCUGCUCACACACCCGCGUGUGUACGCCAAGCUCCAGGCCGAGGUCGACGCCUUCCACGCCACCGAGCAGGUCUCCACGGCGUCGGGUAUCAUCUCGGACGUCGAGACCAGGAAGAUGGAGUACCUGCAGGCGGUGAUCAAGGAGGGUAUGCGCGUCCAUCCGCCCGUCACCGAUUCCGUUCCCAAGCGCGUCCCGGACGGAGGCGACACGGUCGUGAUUGACGGCAAGGCCGUCUUCCUCCCCGGAGGCACCAACGUCAACUACGCCGUGUGGCCUCUGCAUCUGAGCAAGGCGGUGUUUGGCGAAGAUGCCGACGAGUUUCGUCCGGAGCGCUGGCUUCUGGAGACGGACGAGGCCAAGCUGGCUACCAUGAACAAGGUGCAUGAGCUCGUGUUCGGGUAUGGCAAGUACCAGUGUCUGGGUAGGCCCAUCGCCAUGAUGGAGAUCAACAAGACCGUCUUUGAGUUGAUGCGCAACUUCGACUGGUGUCUUGCCAAGCCCGAUACUCCGUGGAAAGAGACCAACUUCGCUGGCAUCUUUGCGCAUAGGGAUAUGUGGGUGCUUGCGUCUGAGCGGCAGAAGAACUUGUCAAAGGUUUGA